AUGAGUAAUGGGCUCGAAUGUAAAAAUUGCUCGCUAAUCUUCAGUAAGUUUUUGAUUUUGACUUCUUUUUUCUGUAAUUAAAGUUUACUUACAUUCAGACCGAACCAAUAGAAGACCUUAUAUUGGAACUUGUCGCGAUUUACUCUGCGAGGAGUGUAAAAACCGUUUGAUGUGAGUUGAAAUAAUUUGGAGUGAAACGAGAAUAAUCAAUUGUUUUCUAGAGGGUCCGAUUGUCCAAUGUGUAAAAAAAAAAACGCCUAUGAAGACAGCUCGAUUCAUUUGUCCACCUUGUGUUCGUUUCAAACACUUUCUCAAUUUUUUUUUCAAAUUUUUUUGCAGGUCUGAUGAAAACCGUUUUUGGAGUGAUAGAUGAACUGCAGGUUUUUAAAUUUCUUUGCAUUUUCGUGUGUUUCAAUUUUUUUAUCGUAGUGGUUCUUUGAUAAAAAACUUAUUUUUUGAGGAAAAUGAUGAGAUUUGCUCUGAAUGUGGCGAUUUUACCACAAAACUGCUCGUUUGUAUUGAUUGUGCGUUAAAAGAACAUUUUGUGCUAAAAAAGCACGACGGUUCGUACACUUUGGACCUAUGGAGAUUCAGUCAUUCCGAAUGUCCUUUCAAAGCGGCUACUGAAAAGCUCCUGGUAUUGAAAGUUUGUGUUUCUGGGAUAAAGAUUGAUGAGGUUUCAGGAGCUAAAAAUAGCUAGUUGUCGAGAUUGCUCUCUACUAGGAUACCACAAGAAGCACGACAACCGAAAGUAUCUGAACGCGUUGAGAGUGCUGAAGACGUCAAAAUGAAGCGAAUAAUCUUUUCUUUUUGCAGGACGAAGAAGAGUGGACAAAAAUAAGAGCACACAAAGUUUUUCGCGACAUCAAGGAACGUCUUUUUGACUUCCAAGACCGUUGUUCACGUGAUAUCGAAGGUAUUAUUGGAGUGAGUUUCUCCAGGUUUUUUGUUUUAUAAUGCUUAAUUCCAGUUGGUUGAUGAUUAUAAUCGAAUCGGCUUCAAGUUGUCAUUGGAUGAGCACAAGAAACACUUGGAAAAUUUAAAAGAAGCGAGGAAGAAUUUAUUUGAGAUAAUUGGCCCUGCUGAAGAAGCCUUGAAGAAAAUAAGAGUUUUUUUUUUCUUUAUUUUGAGUUAAUUUUUGUUUGCAUUCCAGGAAGCUUCAGAUGAAGUUUUCCAGCAAGGAAAGUAUGUUGCCAGGCUGCAGAAGGCCUACGCCGGAAUAUCGGUAUUAUUUCGAAGAAUCAUCCCAACUUGAUCGGAUUAUAUUACAGAUUGGACGCCAGCAGAUUCCGCAACCCAUUCUCACUGCAGGUACUUUUAAGUUUUGUCUUUAUUUCGAUAAUUGGUUUUUUUCAAAGAUCGGAGUCAUUUUCCCACGAAAAACUUUAUAAUUGGAAGCUUCGAUCCUUUCGUUCGAAAAUGGACAGUCAUUGGAAAGAUGCCGAAGAAUAAGAUAAAUUAUUCGGUUGCCGUUUAUCAGAAUGAGGUGGGAUUUUUUUUUUGCUUUGUUUGCCAUUUUUAUAAAUUUUUUUCGAGACGUUUAAGGACAGCAAAUACUCCUUUAAAGUUUAAAACAGCAUAAAACUUUUAAGAAAAUUUUUUUGAUCUUCUAUCCAUUAUCAUUGUUUUAUCCUCAGAUCUACUUUGCUGGUGGCGGGUCCGACGAGUCUCAGCUGGACGAAUUGGAUAUUUACAACAAGGAAAAAAACUUGCGGCGAAAUGUCGGUUGUCUGGAGGAACAUUUGUCAUUCGCAGUUGUUUCAGGGAUCGCCGCUGAAUCACGCCCGAUCAAGAUCUUCUGCCGGCUUUUUCAACGGGAAAAUGUUCCUUUGUGGAGGCUUCAACGGCUCCUACAUGACUUCUGUGGAAGUUGGUUCAGCUUUUUGCUAAAAUGCCGGAAAUAAGACCAAGCGUUGAUGAGCGCUUUAUGCAUUUCAAAAAACUCAAGAUCAUGUUUUGGAAUUUAUUUGCACUGGACUUAGAGCCAAAGUUCCUAUACCCAAAAAAUUGUAUUCCAACAGAAACUUCCUUUAUUCUUCUCCAUGUCUUACCAAAUUUUUUUGCGGAGAUUUGAAUUUUGAAUAAAAGAAAUUGGGUGUUAAAAAGCGAUGAGCUGCAGAUUUACGACCCGGAGGAAAAUAGAUGGGUCGAUGGUCCGUCGUUAAACUGCGGCCGUUCCGAUUGCGCUGUUGUUUCCUGUGACGGAGAACUUUUUGGUGCAUACUUUGAACUUUUCUUUUUUUUUUAAAUUCGCCUUAUCAAAUUAUUUUUUUAAGUUAUGGGAGGCUACAACGGCAAAGAGUAUGAGAAACGUACCGAGAAACUCAACUGCGAGAGCAAAAAGUGGGAAAUUGUAAGUAUUAUCUUUUUUUUUUCUAUUGACUUUUGUUUUUCAGGUUGCAGAAAUGCGAGAAGGGGUUGCCGGAUUUGCAGCUUGUGUUUUCAACCGAAAAAUUUACAUUGCUGGAGGAUGGAGGUUGGUUUUCUCAUUUUGCUUUGAUUUCGAGAAUUUCGUCAGCUCCAAAAAAAAAAGUUGAGGGCUAUGGGCUAUCAAAAAUUGGGGAAUAUCAAAUUUCGAAAAUGAUGAUCUCACAGUACCGUCAGAAAAGAUACGAAAAAUGGGGUUGCGGUCACAACUUUUUGUAAUGACUACAAUUUUUUUCGGUUAUUUUUUAAAAAUUUUGAAAAAGUUUCAGUUCAUUGAAAAAAACGCAACUUCAGAAACUUUCAAGAAAAAUUGAAUUCUUUACAAGAAAGAUGUGGCCGAAACCCCGUUUUUCGUGUUUUUUCUAACAGUUCUAUAAAUCACUUUUUUUCGUUAUUAACUUCACUAGCUGUAUCAUCUUUAAAUUAUUUAGCAACUCGCUCAACACGCUGAAUACAGUGCGCAGCUUCGACCCGAAAAAGCACACAUGGCAUGGCGAGCCGUCGAUGAACAAACGUCGGAAGAACUUCACCUUGCUCUCUACCGAGGAUUCCCUGUUUGCUAUCCGCGGUUGCGCCGAAGACGGAAGCCUGUAUGAAGAUGUCGAAGAGCUGGAAGUCUGUAGCAGCGAGUGGAAAAUCCUUCCCGGUCUUCAGUGAACCUUUCGGCGUAAAAUCCUUGCGUGACUCACUUUGACUUCACUUCUUUCAUUUUAAACUUUAUUUUUUUUUCUUGACUAUGUUUGUGUCUGUUAACUUUUUACCUAUGGUUCUUGUCUGUUUCUGUUACAGUAUUUUUGGUAAUGCCAUCUCGUUUUUCAUCAGAAAUUGAAGUUGAAGUUUCGCCGUAUUACUGUUACAAAAUAAAAUGUUUUUUUCAGUUUAAUACUCAUAAGAGAAUAAAAAGCUUAUUAGAAGAUAAUAAAAAGAAAAAAGGAGUCUGUCUCCAAAAGGUCAGAAUGCGGCCCCGCUAUCAAUGAGGCAUGAUCAAAAGAGCAUCGAGUAGAACCUUCAAAGAGGAUGCCGAACUUGACGUCUGCUGUAGAACCAAUUCGGGUCGGUUGAUGAGGGGUCCUCCAUGUAACGGCAUGCCUUUUCAAGUAUUGUUGCCCAGUCUUCCUCAUAACUCUUGACUCUUCUGAGAAAUAUUUGAGCCUACUUGAAAAAUUUGGAGCAUGGUUGAGGCAUACAAAAUGUAAAAUUUGAAUGAGGUCGUCAAUAGCUUUUAGAGAGAAAUCCAGUAAAGCCCCAGUCAUUUCGUGAUUUAUUGAGGAGGCGAAAUUGAUUUUUUUUUUUUUGUAAAAGACGUUGAAAAAAAUAGAAUGUUGACAUUUGUCCUUUUUUCGAGCUUGAUAUUGCUUGUUGACUUUCUACAGCUGUCCAGGCUCUCUGGCAGUGUUGCCGUUACGCAAGGAACGACACUCGAUUUACCGCAAAAAAAGACGCCAUCACUGUUUUUAUACGGCAGACGGGCAUUUAUUAAAAAUGGACAUUCUCAAAAGAAAUAAUAAUAAAAUACAUCAUAUCUGCUACAUUAUUUUACCAGAAAGAUUGAAGUACAAUACUUUUUGUGGAAGAACAAGUGUUCCAAAGUCCUUCGAAUCAAAAAAGCAAUUUUCAAGGCACUGUUUGGUCUUUGAGCGUGAAGAGCUGAAUGAAAAGUCGAAUCACCUCAAAAUUUCCUUAGUUCGAAAAGCUUUUCUUUGACGUUUUGUUUCCAAAAGGCAGUGGAACAGGUAUUUUUCUCAUCAAGCUCUGGAAGGAGCUUGAUUUGCGAAUACCCAUCAAAUUCCGAAUCUUAUCAUAUAUUCCGUGUAUACUGCAACUGAUGGUACAACCAAUUAUCUAAAAUAUUCGAUGUAACUCUUAGAAAAAUUGGAAACAAAACAGAUUCUAGUAACCUUCACGGAACUUCGAUUGUGAAAUGUGCGCUCCGUCGGACAACAGCUCGUCGUAUUUUUUACGGAGCGGAGGCAAGAAAACUGUUUUAUCCAUUUCAUAAAUAAUCAGUCGAUGAAGAUGAAAUAUAAAUGCAACAAGUUUGAAGGAACAUGCACACAGAAUAAUCAAGGUCUUCCCGAUAAAACUGUUUUUCGUAAUUUCUUUCUAGAAAAGGUUGUAGAGACAAAAUAAUAAUAUAGUUUUUAUAUACUCCGAAAGGGAACACCAUUGAAAUUAUAUAUUGGCAAGUGUUUUUUUAUAUUGUUUUUUUCCCUCAAUUUCGAAUCAACCAAGCGGGUUUUUGUAACUCUACAAAAUAUUAACUUAGUUGAUUCAGAAUUAUUUCAUUGAAAACUGUCAAAUGCUUGGAAAAAACAGAAAUUUCUGAUUUUUCCUUUUGGAGGCUAUGAAAUUCAACAAUGAUGUUUUUCUUUUUUCUUCAAAGCGUUUUUUUAUUAGUGCCAAAUAUGUUCUGCAUACUUUGUCAUCCAUACAUUAUUGCUUUUUUUCUCUGUAAAGUCUUUUUAUUUCAUUUAAAAGUUUGCCUUUAUUUUAAACUUUUAAAAAAUCGUGGUUUUUUUGUUCAGUUCCUCGGAACCUUCUUGAGGAUUGCAGCAGUCUUGAGGAGUCUAAAAUUCUUUGGCCUCUUGAAAAUUUUCUUGAAUAAAAAGCCAUCGUUUGGUUUAGCUCAGAAUUCCGGAGAGCUUUAUCACUUAUUUUGAAUCUUUCAUCUUUUCUGUGAAACAAUUGAUCCGGGAAAGUUUGAGCAACUAAAUAAAAAGCCUCUCAGCAAACGUAAGGUCUUCAAACAAAGUAUGAAAAAAUCAAACAGUACAUCAACUUUUUUGAGCUGAGAAAAAUAUUGGAUUUUUCCUCAAAAUGCCAAAUUUUAUCAAAAACUCAAUUUUUUUCAAUUAUUUGAAAAAGUCUUUUAAUGCUUCCAUGUAAAUGUCCCUUCAAAUUGGUUUUCAUUUAUGUUUUAUCCUUAUCGGAUAAAUCGAAAAAAACAGUUCGCUUGCCUUCUCGCCGUAAAAAAAUACGACGAGCAUUUGACCGAUGGGGCGCACAUUCUUUGACCAAGACUCAGGAAAAGUCACCAAAAACUGUCUUUUUUCCAAUUUUUAUAAGAGAUACAUCUAAUCUUUUACAUACUUAAUUGGAUUAUCAUUGAUAAUAUGCACUAAAUCUGCAAUGAAAUUCGGAAUUCGAUCGAUAUUUGGAAAAAUGCGUUUACAAAGUUCAUGACAAGUAAUUUUUUUUCUUUUCACUUGAAAAACAGCGAAUUGGGAUGCUUCAACAAGAUUUAACUUUGAUUUCAACAUUUCAUGUUCAAAAAAACAGGAAAGGUUCUCGAAAGUUGCUUGAUGUUAGAAAUUUUUUUAAUUUUAGCGCUAGUAAGAGCGUCAUCACAAAAAAAGUGCAGAAAAAAAUAAUAAAAACUAAACUUAGUAAUUAUUCUCUCACGCAAUAGCAUGAAACAAGAAAAAAAUUAUUUUUGUCAGCUGCCAGUAGUUCUGAAAAACGAACCGUAAAUAUAAAAUGCUUUACUUCGUUGCUUAGAAUCAUUUUCAUUGAAAAUUUGGAUGCAGGUUGAUCAAAUGUUACAAAGAAAAUUUAAAACUUGACGCUCUCUAUUAAUAAUAACUUUUCCAGUUAAAGUUUUUUUUGGGGUGUUUUUGGACUCGGAGCCAAAAUAUAUUUUUUGAACGGUUGGUCAAAGACUGACCUCAGAGAACUGGCGCCCUCGACAUUGGGCGCCAAAAACAAUGCGUUGGAGACCUGGAACGGCGCCGUUCUCUCAAACGAUAACUCUUAGCGGUGUUCCAUCAAACAUCCUUCUCUUCGAGUCGUCUUGCCUCGACUGCUGCUACACCUAAACUCUUCCGACUGGGAGCUUCAGCUGCAAAUUCUCAACGCUACAAUAACUCGUUUUCAUUAUUUUCAUUAUUACAGUGGAGGUAAUUUUAUGAAAUAAUUCAUUAACACUUUCCACCAACUUUUCGUUUGCAAUCUCAUCGUUAAUUGAAGAAUUCGAAAUGCAGUUUGAGUUGUUUUUAAAUCAAAAUUCUUUAUUUCGCCACAUCAUUUUUUUCUCUGAAAACUACUUGAAUCAAUCUACAUAUCCGGAAAGACAAAUAAGAAUUGCUUAUUGAUUUCUGUCAGGAUUCUUGAUCUUUUUUCUAUUGAAAUUUUGUCUCAGAGUCAGAAUGGUUUGUGGGGCUGUACCUGUGUUUCACUUUGAUAUCUAAUCUGAAAAAGAUCCUGGAAAGCGUUUUCAGAAACCGAAAGAUGCAAACGGUUCGCGCGAUCGCUCUCAGCAACAGCAUCAAGGAGAACGAACUUAGGCUCAGAGAGAAGAAGUUAGAGGCGGCGGAACUCCGACAGAAACUUGAUGCAUGUUUGAUGGUGAUCUCCAUGCUCGAAAAAGACAUCGCUGCUGAAACACAAGAUCUGAAGGAAACUCGAAAGGUUGGUUCAAAUUGAUAAGUAAAUCAUUACUGAUUCUUUUUUCUCGAUAUAUCGGAAUAACAACGGAAACAGUGCCAUAGAAGAUGUCGUUCAAUUGCUUUUCUCGUACGGUUCUCUGAUUUCAGAACUUUGGUCGGAACGUGCAGUACGAAGAGUGGUGGAAAAAGGAGUCGCAGAGAAGAUCGCAGUUGACCGAGGCCGAACAGACGAAAGAAGAAGAAGAGGUAUUAAUAAUGAAUACUCGGAAUCUUCGAGCUUCCCUUGAUGAUCAUGACCUUUUCGUAUCUCACUUCAUUGCAGUCCCUGGCCGCAAUGCAGAUCGGCCUCAAGUGGCUCAGACAAAUGGAAAUUCUGAUCGAUGACGUCAAGCGGUUCGAUCAUUGGGUCGACUAUUUCAAUAAGGAUGCGGGAGAGUACGCAAAGAUGGAUGCUGGCGAGCUGGAGGACAUCGGAAUGAUUCGUGGAGACUGGAGUCGGAAAGCGGAAGAAGCGAGAGUCGCCCUGUGGGCCACUUUAAAAGGUGUCAGCUCGUUCAUGGCAAACCGUGGAGAAAAGCUUGUAAGUUUUCUUCUUCAAUUCAUACGAGUAAAUGUUCAACUGCAGCCUCGGGAUUGCUUCUCGGUGAUGUUCGAAUUUAUCCACAAGUCUCAAAUCGCGUUGGAAAGCCACGAAAACUGGCGUCCGCAAGGCUACAUUGAGGAGGAGACAACGGCCGGACAGCCCAACAUCAACACCGCAACUGGGAUGGCCACUGCCGUUCCUAAAAUUGAUGUUUUCCCUCCUGAAUUUGUCGCUGCCGCUCUUGAAAAUGCUGGCAACGCUGAAAACAGAGUAAAUUUUGUUUGCGACUUGAAUUUCCAAACUCUUCUUAUUUUAAUCAAGUUGAAUUUUGCAGGCGGACUCAGAUCAAUCGCUCACUGGCUUGUGCGACGGUAUUUGCAAAAAGUGCCGGUUGGAUAUGCCUUGGCCAUGA